CAUCAAGGGACGACUUUCGUAUUUCAACAUGAUAAUAAGAGGGUGUUUGAGAUCGCAACUACCCAGAGUUGCUGCAAAGAGGAGCUUCAGAAUAUUCGCACGGCCUGCGAGGACAACAAGGCGGUAUUCGACAGCGAAUGCGCCUCCCAUGGCUUCAGCACCGCAGAGUCAAGCUUCUAUGCUUGCCACAAUCACGACGGAUCUGGACAGGAUAGCACCAAGAUUUGAGAUGCAACCAGAUCAAAUUACGAUAAUCCAGACGCCGGCCGAGUUCUAUGAAACGCUCAAAACCAACAUCUCCAACGCUCAGCGUCGUGUCUAUUUGUCAACAUUGUACAUUGGCAAGACCGAGCAUGAGCUCAUCUCCACAAUCCGUACAGCACUUCAGCACAAUCCCAAUCUGCACGUGUCCUUUUUGACAGACUCUCUUCGUGGGACUCGCGAGACGCCUGAACCAUCAAGUGCAUCUCUGCUCGCGCCCUUGAUCUCAGAGUUCGGCGCAGAGCGAGUAGAGGUGCGCAUGUACCACACGCCCAACCUGACCGGCUUUCGAAAGAAAUACAUCCCCAAGCGUAUCAACGAAGGCUGGGGCUUGCAACAUAUGAAGCUCUACGGUGUCGACGACGAGAUCAUUAUGUCCGGCGCAAACCUGAGUUCAGACUAUUUCACCAAUCGCCAAGAUAGAUACCACCUCUUCCGCUCCAAGGAAUUGACAGACUACUUUGCCAAGAUCCAUGAUGGCGUCGCAAAACUAUCCUUCGACAUCCAACCCUCUGAUAAGGAAGGAAGUGGCGGCUAUACCAUGACCUGGCCUACCAGCAACCCUGCGCCUUCGCCCCUUGACUCGCCAUUGAACUUCAAGAGUAGCGCAUCAAAGCACCUAAGUCACCUUCUCACGCCCUCGAACUCUCCAGUACGCCAAGUAUCCGCCUCACCAAGCACAACAACAAUUUACCCCGUUCUCUCCCUCGUCCCGCUGCUCAGCACCUCCACAGAGCUCCCCGCGCUCACCACAAUCCUAACCUCGCUCGCCCGCCCGCCCUUCAUAGGCUCAACAUGGACAUUCACAGCUGGCUACUUCAACAUGACAUCCUCAUUCCGGCGCCUCCUACUCUCCACACGCCCAGCAAGCGGCACGGUGCUAACCGCUCACCCGCACGCCAACGGCUUCUACGGCAGCAAGGGCGUGAGCGGCAUGUUGCCAGACGCCUACACGCACCUCGCGAAGAUGUUCCUGCGCAAAGUGAAAUACGAGCGUCUCAGCGAGAGCGUGACGCUGAAGGAGUGGAAGUUCGGCAAGGUCAAUGAGCAGGGCGGCUGGACGUAUCAUGCAAAGGGGUUUUGGGUGUCGUUCCCGACCGCCAGGGAGGAGCAUACGGCUAGGCAGGAGCCCACUGGAAGCGUAAACAGCGCCCCCGAAGACCCCAGUCUCACCGUCAUCGGCUCGUCAAACUACACCAAGCGCUCGUACGAGCUUGAUCUCGAAGCCAACGUCAUCAUCGCUACCUCAGAUCCUGGCUUGAGGCACCGCUUGGGCGAGGAGGUGAAGUGGUUGAACGAGCAUGCCAAGCCGGUGAGCGAGGCCGAGUUCGAGAAGCCGGAGCGCAAGGUUAGUCUGAGUGUUAGGCUGAGCAUGUGGGCUGUGAGGGUGCUUGGCGGUGCGCUGUGAGACGGAAUCGAGGACGAAAUCUAGGGGAGUAGACGGUGGUGGGAAGGACUUGUACGAUUAUGUGUUGAGAUCUAUGGAAUCAAAGGAUGCUGCUGUAAACAAUCGCCAUCUACAGAAACUAUCGUCGUAUCCAGACCAGAUUACCACGCUUCCAUUUGCCGCCAGUAUACCCUCCAAGCCCGUUCUCGCCUGUCGUUCGCAGGCGCAGCAGUCUUACCGAAUGGCCAGCGGGGGUCGACCAGGAAGUCGUGAAGCAUCUGCUCAAAAUUCCCAGGUGGUAGUGGCGGGAGUCAAAAGAUGUGCGGUUGUGGAAACAAAGUCAGAGCCGCAUCUGUGCCGGCCUUUAGUCGGAGUCCUACUC